AUGGCUGCUGCUACUGCUCAUGCAAGCUCGCCUUUACCUCUAACGAAAACCAACCUUGCACAUUUCGGCAGGGGCGACCUAUCUGUCUCAGCAGGAUCAAGCUAUCUAUCCUGUACACAGUCAUUCCAUACCGAUCAAUUCCCUACACAGCAACGCAUCCAAACAACCAAAUUCCUUAUCAAGCAUUCGAUGCAACAGCUCAAUCGUUUCAAGCCCGAAGGCGUGCAGCUGAUAAUGCGCGACGAACUACGACUCCACCAUGGACAUGUUUGCCUGAAGGCAGAUUGUACUGCGCGUGCAGAUGACCUCUCCUACUGGCAAUGCAGAAAGUCCUUCUUCGAGAAAGAGCUGCGCCGGAUGCGACAGGAGAAAUUUGGCUCACCACCACAGCCUUCCGACCCAACCGCGCUGCAGGACCAUAUUGAGUACAGCGAUCGAGAGCAGAAAUUCGCUGCUCGCUGGCCAGCAACCAAGGCACGCAUAGAGCAGUGGCUUUAUACUUCGCUAGGUGCACUAUUUUGA